UUUCCUUUCACUGGUAAGUACUAUGUUGUUGCAUUACCCUUUUUUUUUUUUGCUUUCUUCUUCUCUUUACUUUGAUUAAUAUAGUUCUUUUGAGCUUUGGCCUUUCUUUCUUUUUGUGUAUGUGUAGUUGCAUAUUUUUGUAGAAAUGGAUGAAUCAGUUAUGUGCUUUCUUCUCCUUUUUUGCUUUGAUUAAUAUAGUUCUCUUGAGUUUUGUCCUUUCCUUUUAUGUGUGUGUAGUUGCAUCUUCUUCUUUUUUUUUGGUAGAAAAUGGUUGGAUCAGGUGAUGUGGAAUCGAUUCUGCCAAAUUACAAGCUCGGGAAAGUUCUCGGUAUCGGCUCCUUUGGUAAGGUGAAGAUAGCUGAGCACACUUUGACCGGACAUAAUGUUGCCAUCAAGAUCAUCAGUCGUCGCAAAAUCAACAACUUAAAGAUGGAGGAAAAAGUGAGGAGAGAGAUCAAAAUCAUGAGACUGUUUAUGCAUCCUCACAUCAUCCGUCUCUAUGAGGUCAUAGAGACUCCCACAGAUAUAUAUCUUGUCAUGGAGUAUGUGAACUCUGGUGAGCUAUUUGACUAUAUUGUAGAGAAGGGUCGAUUGCAGGAGGACGAGGCCAGGAAAUUUUUUCAGCAGAUAAUAUCAGGAGUGGAGUAUUGCCAUCGGAACAUGGUAGUUCACAGAGACCUUAAGCCUGAAAACUUGCUUUUAGAAUCCAAAUGCAAUGUAAAGAUUGCUGAUUUUGGCCUGAGCAACAUUAUGCGAGAUGGUCAUUUUUUUAAAACAAGCUGUGGAAGUCCAAACUACGCUGCUCCAGAGGUCCUUUCGAGCCAAUUAUAUGCUGGCCCUGAAGUAGACGUCUGGAGCUGUGGUGUGAUACUCUAUGCUCUUCUUUGUGGGACUCUUCCAUUCGAUGAUGAGAACCUUCCCAACCUUUUUAAGAAGAUAAAGGGAGGGAUAUAUACUUUACCUAGCCAUUUAUCUGCUGGUGCUAGAGAUUUGAUCCCCAAGAUGCUCGUGGUCGACCCCAUGAAAAGAGUAACAAUUCCUGAGAUCCGGCAACACCAUUGGUUCCAAGCUCAUCUUCCAAGUUAUUUAUCUGUUCCUCCUCCAGAUACGGUGCACCAGGCCAAAAAGAUUAAUGAGGAGAUUCUCCAAGAAGUUAUCAAUAUGGGAUUUGACAGAAACCUCCUCAUUCAAUCUCUCCACAACCGGACCCAUAAUGAUGGCACUGUGGCAUACUAUCUGAAACUGGACAACCGGUACCGUGGCUCUGGUGGUUAUCUCAGGGCCGAGUUUCAAGAGACUAUGGAAGGUAUUCCACGUAUGCAUAACGUAGCUUCACACGUUAGCAUUCCAGGACUGAUGGAACUCCAAGGAGUUGGCUUCAGAUCUCAGUACCCUACUGAGAGAAAAUGGUCUCUUGGGCUUCAGUCUCGGGCUCAUCCGCGUGAAAUAAUGACAGAGGUCCUGAAAGCCCUGCAAGAUUUGAGUGUCUGUUGGAAGAAGAUAGGGCAUUACAAUAUCAAGUGCAGAUGGGUUCCUAACAACGCAGUUGGAAUGCUCAGUAACAGCGACUUGGGACAUGACUCCAGCAUGACAGAGGACGACGCAGCUGUUAAGUCUCCUAAUGUUGUGAAGUUUGAAAUUCAGUUGUAUAAAACUCAGGACAGCAAGUAUCUGAUGGAUCUGCAGAGGGUACAUGGUCCUCAGUUCCUGUUCCUGGAGCUAUGUGCUGCUUUUCUUGCUCAGCUCCGAGUCUUCUGAAUGAUCAAAACCCCCGCAUCACUUGAAGAAUAAUCCCCAGCUUUGUACAUCAUUUGUAGCUUUAAGUUUUACUACUUUUAGAACAUCUUUUUGUGAACAUUCUCAACGAAAAUCUUAAUAUAAUAAUAA